CCAAAAUUGAAAAGUCAAAACUCUUCAUUGGUGAUUAUUAGGGUUUGUUGGUUGGGGGAAAUUAACUGAGCCCUUAGCUCAGCUCAAGAGAGAGAGAGAGAGAGAGAAGCCUCCAACCUAACAAACUCAAGAUUCAUAUGAGGGGCAAAUCAAGAAAUUCUUGAGGCAUUUAAAGAACAUAUUAUUUGGAGCUUUUUGUGAUUUCAUUUGGAUUUUGUAAUUUGGGUGUUUGCUUCCUGCAAUUAUCAUUCAUAAAGGUGUCUAGAUUCUCAAAGUUAUAUUGGAGAAGGGAGGUAGUGAAUGACUUGAUGCUUGUUACUAAAUGUACUGGGCGUAAUGAUAGUUUUUGUGUAUAGUGGUGGUGGUUGUGUUUUUUCCUAUAAAGAGGUGCAAGCGAAUCAUCUGUGGUUAAUAAGCCGACAUGCCGAGUAACUAUCUUUUUAGAUUAAGCCGGGAAGCUAGGCAGAGACUCCAGAAAUCCAUUUCUGGGAAAGAUAUUGGGCUCCAGGAUUCGGUGGAGAUUUUGGUUGCCCAAGGGAGAUUGUUGUUUGGCAAUUCAAAGUGCUUCUAUUCAGUACCAUUUGCAAGACCAACUGACCUGAAUGUGCUUGUUCGGCCUGGAACCUUAGCUGCCGCACAGGCGAAUUUGCACAUAGUAAACCAGAAAAAGAAUAUUUCUGUAGUUGGAGCUAUUACUCGUGCAGUUUCUAUCCCUUCGGUGUCAGGGCCAGCAUUUCACGUCUGUGGCUAUCACAUUGAUCGCCUGAUAUCUGACCCUGCUAAAAGUUUGUCUGACAGUGACUCUCACAAAGCACCUAUGGAAAUCUGUGGUUCUCGAAUUUCUCCUCCUGGCUGUUCCUCAAGCAAAAUGACUUCAAGGCAUCUCAAUGGUGUUCUUUCUGUAAAUAAUCCUAUUACCUCUUAUAGCAAUAAAAGCUUUGAUAAUUGUAGAAAAGCCAGCAUGAGUUUGAGAAAUAAAAAUCAGCCCAACAACUUUUUACUUUACGGAUAUUUCGCUUACAAUGUAGCAAAGAGACGGGGAAAUUCUAAUCUAUAUGAAGGCUUUGGUUUGACUGGGCUCCAUACUUCAUCAACUGCUUCUUCUUCUACUGGCACUGCUCAUGAUGUGUCAUUCAGUAACUCUACCUAUGGGGUGCAGCUCUCAAGUUCAGCAGAUUCAUCUGAACAGAAUAUCCACAUUGACAGAACCCUGAAGCUAAAUUCCGGAUCAUGUUACCUGCCUCAUCCUGAUAAAGAAGAAACAGGUGGAGAGGAUGCUCAUUUUAUUUGCAGUGAUGAACAAGCAAUUGGUGUAGCUGAUGGUGUUGGUGGCUGGGCUGAUCUUGGUAUUGAUGCUGGGAAGUAUGCACGAGAGCUAAUGUCUAACUCAGUGACCGCAAUUCAAGAUGAACCAAAGGGUUCAGUGGACCCAGCCAGAGUCCUCGAUAAAGCUUAUACGUGCACAAAAGCCAAAGGUUCCUCAACUGCCUGUAUAAUUGCCCUCACAGAUCAGGGUCUGCAUGCUAUUAAUUUAGGAGACAGCGGAUUUAUAGUGGUCAGAGAUGGAUGCACUGUUUUCAGAUCCCCUGUGCAGCAGCAUGAUUUCAAUUUCACAUAUCAACUAGAGAGUGGUAAUGCUGGUGAUUUACCAAGUUCUGGAGAGGUCUUCAAAAUACCAGUGGCACAAGGAGAUGUUAUAAUAGCUGGUACUGAUGGGUUGUUCGACAAUUUGUACAACAAUGAUAUUAAUGCAAUCGUCGUUCAUGCUACGAGAACUGGCUUAGGGCCACAGGUGACAGCUCAGAAGAUAGCUGCAUUGGCUCGGCAAAGAGCGCAGGAUAAAAACAGGCAGACACCUUUCUCUGCUGCUGCUCAAGAAGCUGGGUUCCGUUACUAUGGCGGGAAGCUGGAUGAUAUAACUGUGGUUGUGUCCUACAUAAGCAGUGACAGAAAUGCAUUACUUCACUUCUCUGGAUGUGCCAUAUUGUUCUAUCAUACUUCUACACAAAAAGGAAAGAUCUAACAGCUUACAGAUGUAGUUGAGAGCUUUGUUUCUUGCUUUGAAUCGCCUGGCUUUGGGCUACAAGUUUUAAGCUUCAUUUGAAAGGGAUGUCAAAUCUUGCAUAUAUCAUGUGAAAUGUCUCCAAGAUCACUUCUACUUCUGAUGCACUAGUUUCUUGUCAAUUUACCUCCUCUUUCCCACUCCAUGCCUCACGCCAAAAAAAGAAGGUAGAUCGCAAAUGACUCCCUCCCUCCCUCUCUCCCUCUCCCGUUAGGGGAAGAUCAUACGAGUGCUGAUCAUGUAUAUGGAAUAGGUGUAGACAGAAAGGUGCUCCUAUAUAUGGUGCUUGGUUUAGGAAUUAUCUUUCUGGAGAUAUGUUGGUUUUCCAUAGAAUUGCUAGUUAGGACACAGUAACUUGCAGCAUUAAGCUUUCUUCAAUUCUUGGAAACCAAAUUCUGUCCAUCUUUUCCACUGUAAUAUUUCUUGGACAUGAUUUUCUCACUGGCUGUAAAUAAAUGAGCAUUUCCUUUGUUGUCCUC